AUGUGCAACAAUUUCGAUGUUGUUCAUUUUGGGAAACGGGAAGAAGAAAAAACGAGGUUGGAGCAAAUCUUUGAUAAAUACUGCGUAUUGUUUAUGAAGCGACUUGAACAGCAAAUAAUCGGUGUCUUGACUGUUGGUGAGUUAUUUGCGAUUGUAAUCAAAUAUAGUUUUAAAGACGCAGCUUUUCGACAUUUCAAAGAAAUUGCUGCUCGUUGGAUGUGUAGAAGGCUAGAAGUUGUAAUGCGCAACAAAGGGUUAUAUGGGCUACCUCGUAAUCUCAAUCAUAUAAAUAUGUUCAUAGAAAUAGAUGAUCUAGAAUGUUCUCUUGAUUAUUCGAAAUGGUUGGAAGAAUUUAUGACUCCUUUUCUUCGAGAAAAAGAUGGUAUUUAUCGUGAAGUACGCCAACAUGAUUUUAAACAACGAAUUAUAUUAAUUCGAGAAGCAGUAUUAAAUCAAGAUUGGUCGAAAGUUGGCGCUUUUUUAGGUCAAUUGCCUUCUUUUCGACAAAAUUUGAAAGAUGUUCCUGAAGCGUUCCGUAAAAAACUUGGUGGUAAUUUGGAUAAAACAUGUCGAAUGUUAUUUCCAUACGCUAUAACAAUAUUUCGAGCCGGUGUUGAGCGUUUUAUGCAGUACGAUAUUCCGCAUGAUAUGAUAACUAAAUCAGCAGCAGAAUUAAUGCUUGUUUUGAUUGCCACUGAACGAAAAUACUCUAAUUUAAACUUUGAUGUUGAAAAUAAUUCACUGCUUUACAUCUCGGAAUUGCUUAUAUAUGCUAUCGCAAAUGGUCAGAAACAGGAAAUGCAAGAUUUGAUCACUAUUAUUUCAUCUUUGCCACCUGUUGCUCAAAAACAUAAGUACAUUACCAUCCUUCGAGCUUACAAGGUGUUGUCUCGUUAUGAACAGUGGCGUUUGGGAGAAGAAAAUAAUACAGUGCAAAGCAGUUCAUUUGACUUAGGGGAUGAAAUCAUUGCAGUUUUAUUGGAUGUCGAAUCUGGUCAAGAGAGUGUUUUCAUAUCUAUAGCGGUGCAUUAUUUGCAUUAUAUCGGAAAAGUCGACAUAUUAAUGGGUGCUUUGGAGAAAUGCUGCCAUAAAACGCCCUUCAUGCUUGUUGAUUGUUAUCGUGCUUUACUGUUAAAUAAUAUGGCUGAUAAAGCUAGUUUGUUACUUGAUACAAUAUUACCGCAGUCAAGUUUUGUUUCGCAUCCGAUUUUAUUAGAUUGGUUAAAACCGCGACUUCUAAAUCCUUACGAUUAUGAUCUUCCGGAAGAAAUGUUACGCAAUAUUUGCAAAAUUUUGUUCGUUUUUUUGGAUUAUGGAACGAAUAGGAAGAAUGAUUAUGCUUGGAUAUUUUUGUGGGCAGCAAUAGAACAUGUGCAAGACGAUGAUCUAUUGCGUUUGCAAUGGAAUCCACGAAAAUCGUGGUGGCCAAAGUUCCAUCAUGUUGAGCUAUCUAAAGAAGGAACCGAUUGCAGGCAUCGAGUUUUCACGAAACUUUACGAUUUGAAUGUGUAG